AAACAGAACGCGUAAUUAGCGCGCGUCAGAGCGCUAACUAGCGCCGCCCUAUGACGCCGAGAUGUGUUGUACUACAAUGGUUAUAUACUGUCAAACAGAGCGCCAGCGCUAGCAGUACGCACGCACGCAACGCUCUGUCGCGGCGUUAGGACGCUUUGACGUCAGGCGUUGUAAUUGUUUACAAAUUUUAUUGUAGCGUCCGAGUGACUGUGUGUUAAAAUACUGGAUAAUGUCUGAGAAAUUAAUAGAAUUAGUUAGGAAAUACCCAUGCUUAUACAAUACGAAGGAUAUUUCUUAUAAAAAUGUAACAAUUAAGAUAAAAUUGUGGGAACAAAUCGGAAAAGAGAUUAAUGAAACUGGUGAAUCCGCCAGAAAAAAAUGGAAGAGCUUGAGAGACAACUACAUGAGAUACAAAAAAGAAGUUGCAGGUACUACAGGACAAGCUGCAAAAAAAUUUCAAAAAUGGCCUUGGGCUUCCCAGUUACAUUUCCUUGAUUCAACUCUGACAGAUCGAGCACGAUCUUCAAACGUUCGAGAACCUACACCGGAACCAUCGUCAGAUAUAGAAACUCCAUCGCCAGAGAUACAAUUACUAGAGACGCCUCAAUCAGAGACAUCUCCACCACAGACACGCUCGCCAGAGAUACCUCCGCCAGGGACGCCUCAUGCAAACUCUAUAAAUUGUUCACGAACUAAAAAAAAAAAAAAAACUGACAGUGAGAUGGAUAAAGUUAUAAUUUUUUUACAAAAUAGAAAAAACCAAGAGUAUGAUGCCAUAGACCACCUAUUCCAAAGUUAUGCCCAAACAUUUAAAAGUUUCUCCAAACAAAAGCAGAUAAAAGCCAAGGUAGAACUAGCCAAGUUAUUUGCAAGCAUAGAAGCAGAGGAACUGCAAGAACGUUCAGACGUUCAGAUAUUGAGCAAUUCACCACAUUGUUCUAUUAUAAGUACUGAAGACUCCGUCGCCUAUGAAGUGCCUAUUCUACAUGUGACUAAUUUUGGAGCAUCGACAUCUUCAAUUGAUUUUCAAAAUGAUAACGCAAUAAACAUGUAUUUAAAAAAAUAAAUAUUUCUUACCUUAGACAGAUUACAA